AUGUCUGAUCCCCGUUCCCUUAUUGCUGAGGCUGAAAAGCUCACCAAGCCCCAACUGGGCUUCUUUCUGUUUUUGUCUGGUUCCUCACAAUCUAUGAGAUUGGAAGAGGCCACGGAUUUAUACAUUCAAGCAGCCAAUCUGUACCGUUUGAAGAAGGAGUUCAAUCUGGCCGGAGAACAGUUCAUCAAAGCUUCGGACAUUCAGUCCAAAUUAAGCAAUCACAACGACUCUGCAAACCAUUUGGUUGAAGCCUAUAAAUGUUUCAAGGGCGUAGCACCCUUGGAAGCAAUUGAAGCCUUGAAGAAGGCUAUUCACAUUUUCUUGACACAGAACGGUCAAUUCAGAAGAGCUGCCAAUUUCACCAACGAUUUGGCCGAGUUAUACGAAUCUGUCGGUGAUUCCGAAAAUGCCAUGGGUAGCUACGAGCAGGCUGGUGACUACUUCACAACAGACCAUGCUGAAGCAUUGGCUAAUAAAGCUUUUAUCAAAUGUGCGGACUUGGCAGCCUUGUCUGGCAACUACAAGAAGGCUGUUGAAUUGUAUGAUACAGUCAUAAAGCAACUGGUAGGAAAUGCUAUGACCAGAUGGAGUUUGAAGGAUUAUUUCUUCAAGAGCAUUUUGUGUGUAUUAUGUCAAGACGAUGUCAUUGAAGCACAAAAGAGAUCGACCCACUACUUGACAGAAGAUCCAUCUUGGGAACAAACGAGAGAAAACAAAUUGUUGCAAGACAUAAUCAUAUCCAUCGACCAGGGCGAUAUAGAAGGUUUCUCUGAUAAGGUGUUUGAGUACGAUCAAUUCAGCAAACUUGAUAAGUUGAAAACUCAGUUGUUAUUAAAGAUCAAGACCACCGUUGUCGACAGAGAUGAUGACGACUUGUUAUGA